AUGGCCUUCCAAGUCCCCUUCCCCAAGCCGGGUCUUGCGGCCGUGACCUCAGAUCUCUGGCCGUCAAUGACACGGUUGUUUAAUGCGCCCCGGAAUAACGUCGAACACGCCUCCCGCUCCGGAUAUGCCGCCCCUCAGCCCUCCCAACGCGCGGUUGCGGAAGCAACCUCCACGGGAUCAAGUGGUGUGCAGCUGCCCGAGUUCCUGGCUACUGUGUCUUCCGAGGCGUUGAAGGCAAGCAUCUUGAACAAGACCGCUCAAAGCGGAUGGUCUCGCUCCUUGCUCAAUGGAACCACAAUGUGGACCUCGCCGUCUCUUGCUACCCGUCAUCUUGCCUCUCCCUCUGCUCGUUCCUACUCCACGAUAUCCAUGUCCGUCAACCGUCUUCGCCACGCCCCCCAAGUACAAGGUCUCUCCCGGUUACAGCAACAGCGUUUUCUGUUUGGUGGUUCUUCUCACAAUCUGUUGGCGCAGAAGGAGAAGACUGCCAACAACAACCCUAGCAGCGCAAACGCUCAGAAUGCUUUCUACCAGGCCCUCCUCCGUGCAAACCACCCUGCCAUUGUCGUUGAACGGUACAAAAGCGGUCAUUUUGCCACGAAUGCGGCUACGGACGAACUCUACAUGAAAGCCUUGCAACGCGUUGGUGGCGUGGAUUCUGCGGUAGCGGUCCCUGCGUCCGGCCAGGCCGUCAGCCCCGAGCGGCUGCAAGCCAUCGGACAGGCCGUCGCAACCCAGUUUCACGGUGGACAAUUCGGUUCUUCUACCCACUACGGUUCAGCAGUCAAGCAGACUGGCACUGGAAACAAGGAAGAUCCUCUGCACGUGGUUGUGGAGGAGUCAACCGGAAGUGCUGUCUUCAGAUGGGUCAAGUUCCUGUUCUACUUCGCCUUCUUCGCUUAUCUGUCUCUGGUUAUGAUCACAAUCUUGGUUGAAACGACUGGUGCCCUGAAGAACAUCAGGGGCCCGCAGAACAGCGAAGCUCAGCCUCAGCAGCAGACUGUCCGUUUCAGCGAUGUGCAUGGUUGCGAUGAAGCCAAGGAAGAACUUCAGGAACUCGUCGAAUUUCUCACUAACCCCGAUCGCUUCUCCUCGCUUGGUGGCAAGCUGCCCAAGGGUGUUCUCCUGGUUGGUCCUCCUGGUACCGGAAAGACUUUGCUGGCUCGUGCUGUUGCAGGAGAGGCUGGUGUUCCUUUCUUCUACAUGUCUGGCUCUGAAUUCGAUGAGGUCUACGUGGGUGUCGGCGCCAAGCGCGUUCGUGAAUUGUUCACUCAAGCCCGCAGCAAGUCCCCCGCCAUCAUCUUCAUUGAUGAGUUGGAUGCCAUUGGUGCCAAGAGGAACGAGAGGGAUGCCGCCUACGUGAAGCAAACCUUGAAUCAACUGCUUACUGAACUCGAUGGCUUCUCCCAAAGCAGCGGAGUGAUCAUCAUCGCCGCAACCAACUACCCCCAACUUCUGGAUAAGGCUCUCACGCGUCCUGGUCGCUUUGAUCGCAAGGUGACUGUUGGUCUUCCCGACGUCCGUGGUCGUAUGGAUAUUCUCCGACACCACAUGAAGGAGGUCCAGGUCAGCAUGGAUGUUGAUGUUGGUGUCAUUGCUCGUGGUACCCCCGGUUUCUCUGGUGCCGAUUUGGAGAACCUUGUUAACCAAGCUGCCAUCUAUGCGAGCCGUAACAAACAAACCAAGGUUGGCCCGAAGGACUUCGACUGGGCUAAGGACAAGAUCAUGAUGGGUGCUGAGGCUCGCAGCCGUAUCAUUCAGGACAAGGACAAAAUCCUCACUGCCUACCACGAGGCCGGUCACGCUCUCGUUGCUUACUUCUCCCCUUCCUCUACGCCUUUGUACAAGAUCACCAUUGUUCCUCGAGGCAUGGCCUUGGGUGUGACUCACUUCCUGCCUGAGAUGGACAUGGUCUCGAGGAAUUACACUGAAUACCUUUCGGAUAUCGACGUCUCCAUGGGCGGUAAGGCUGCCGAGGAGCUAGUUUUCGGCCCCGACAAGGUGACCAGUGGAAUCUCUGCGGACAUUCAACAAGCCACUGAAACCGCCUUUACCUUGGUCACCCGUUUCGGCUACUCUAAGAAGCUCGGAAACGUUGACCUGUCGAGCAACUAUGACAGCCUCUCAUCGGAAACGAAGCAGGAGAUUGAAUCCGAAGUCCGUCGUUUAGUCGAGGAGGGUCGUGCCCGUGCUAGCAACAUUCUGACUGAGAAGCGGGAGGAGCUGGAGCUCUUGACCAAGGCUUUGAUUGAAUACGAGACACUGACAAAGGAGGAGAUGGAGAAGGUUCUGCGAGGCGAAAAGCUCGACAAGCUGCAAUCAGCUCCCGCGGCGCCGCUGAAAUUGCCCGAAGCCCUACAGACGGCCCGGCUACCACCUACAGUGACCAGCGGAAAUUCCGUCCAGGAAUAA